AUGGCGGCGAGCUUGGAGUUGCGGGCGGCGUUAGAGCAGAGGCUCGGCGCCCUCGCCAUCCGCACAGAGGUGGUGGAGCAUCCAGAGGUGUUUACAGUUGAAGAAAUGAUGCCUCAUAUUCAACAUAUGAAAGGAGCACAUAGUAAGAACUUAUUUCUUAAAGACAAAAAGAAGAAAAAUUAUUGGCUGGUGACAGUUCUUCAUGAUAGACAAGUUAAUUUAAAUGAUCUUGGCAAGCAGUUAGGAGUUGGGAGUGGAAAUCUUCGAUUUGCCGAUGAAACAGCCAUGCUAGAAAAACUGAAAGUUGGUCAAGGCUGUGCCACGCCUUUGGCACUCUUCUGUGAUGAUGGAGAGGUUAAGUUUGUUUUGGAUUCAGCUUUUCUGGAAGGUGGACAUGAAAAAGUGUACUUUCACCCAAUGACUAAUGCUGCAACCAUGGGAUUGAGUCCCGAAGACUUUCUUGUAUUUGUGAAGGAUACAGGACAUGACCCCAUAAUUCUAAACUUUGACUGAAAAGUGACUGCCGGGCGUGGUGGGAGAUGACUUUCGUCUAUCACUGUAGGCAGAGCGGACUGACCUGAGUUCUAGGCCAACCAAGGACUACAUAGUUAAACAAAAGCUACUUGGGCUAAUGCUCAUAAUUAAAAACAUUUCUGAUAGCUGUUUUUAUUGUGUCUUUUAUUUGGAGACUAUGGUUCAUCUUAAAGACUUUUGUAUGAGCAUUCUGU